CUCCUGCUGAUGAUCUGACUGACUCACCUUCAAUUCACUUGAGGCGCUCUCCGGGACUGACUUUCUUGGCCUCAUCAUGACAUCAUCCCAAGUCGGCGCCAACCCCAGCUAGCGAGGUCUAGCGUGAGUAAUCACCCGUCACUUUCGGUCUCAAACGGACUCGUGCCUGAGCCCCGGUCUCCGCUCAGUCAGUCUGUUCGUCGCACUAGCUCUCCAUGCAGGUCGAUCUUGGGUGGGUGUUCUUUAGGUCACGAACUCCAUGACUCAAGCCGAAAUUUUGACCCCAGAGAGUGCGGUCCGAGCAGGCAUCGAUUUCACCCGAAGACUUGAUUGAGGGCUGGACCUCAGGCUGGACCGACUGGCUAACCCGUCAAUACCGUCACGGGCUCAGACAGGCCCAGGGCCCCGCUAGGAUGAGGUUCAAAGGACAUUGAGAGCCCUGAUAUAAAUAAAGCCCGCCAUGUUCCCACAACCCGCCCAGCCCUAGCCCUGUACCGCCCAGUCCGUUUGACCAGCUCUCGCCCACAUCAUGACCUCACGGGCGGGCGCCGUACUUCUCGUCUGGAUGGCCUUAUGGAGCUUCAACGGCUUGCACGCCCAGGAGAGGGCCGUCUCAUUGGCCUUGAACGAGCCUUUCCUGAUCGACGUUGAAGCUCCAGGCUUGACCUUGGCCUUCAACCUGCCUCCCAUGAGCCUCAACGCCUCGCACACCGCCCAAUUCCAGGCCCAAUUCCAGCCCGAUCUUGAGGUGGGGAGCCAAGUCUUGCCGCAUGUCACGUUGGUCCUGAUUUACGGCAACCAGAGCCUGUCCUGGUUCAUCGCCAACCAUUCGCGGAGUAGCUCCCAACGCCUUUGCUGGGCGGGUCUGCCGGAAGGGGGUAACUCGGUAUCGCUGGUGGUCCAUUCGUCCCGCAGCACUCAAAUUCAGUUAAGCAUCCAGUCCGUGGACAUGAGUCUGCCUUUUGGCCAGGCCCAGAUCACGGACGUGGCCUUGAACCAUCCCGUGACGUUCUUGGUUGACCCCGUGCCGCAAGGCUCGUUGGGCGAUCGAUAUCUGUUGCGGGUCGAUAGCCAGGAUGCGGGCUCGGAUCACUUCUGCCUGAUCGUGGCCGCCUAUGCCAACGUGUGUCCCUUCAAAGAUAAAGGGGCCACCAUUCGUAACGGCGAGAUGUGGAUGACGGUCUUGGCCAAGGGCGCCAUGACCAUUCGAUACGAGGACGCCCGGUUCGCCAUGCCCUUUUACGUCACCUUGUUGGUCUUGGAGUCGGAUCAGGAUUGCCACCAGACCGACUUCGUGGUAGCCCCGUAUUCUUCGUUUUCUCGCACCCGGAGUAAACGGAUGAGGGUGUCCAUUGAACGCACCAGUCGAAACGAAUCGUACUUGUAUCCCAUUUUGACCAUGGUCUUCAUGUCGGUUUUGAUGGGUAUCCUAGGGAUGUGCGUCAUGAUGGGCAAGAAAUUCGAAGAAAACGACCCCUCAGGCGACGACACGGCUCCUCAUGAUAAUCCAUCCGUGUAUUUAAGCGCCAAUGCGAGUCGGGAGGACAUUGCGGAUAAUGGGGGCGGGGCCGUGGGAUACGAUGAGACCGACGAAUUGGACGGGAAUUACUUGCGCCCUCAAGUGGCCUCGCCAGUGCCCUCUACGUCGUCAAGCCGCCGAUCCCAGGAACAAGAUUAUUUGAAGCCCGUGAUUUCGGCGGAUAAUGGGAAUGCGAAUCCGGAUCCUCGGCCAUCUCGAACCAGGCCCGAUAUUGAUGAUCUCAAGCGUCGAUGUAUGGAUAGUGUACCCCUGAGUAGUACCCGAAGGGCUCGGAUUGAAAAAGGCUUGGAACGGCUGAAUGAGGACACGAAUCUCGGCCACAUGACGCACAUCUUGGAGGAUGACCCGUGGUUUCGGCGGAAUCGCUCUCGAGUCUAUUGCUAUCUAGUCCCAUUGUUGGCCUUGUUCUACUUCAUCCCGUCCAUUCAAUUCGUGUUCCUCGUCAAAGAGAGCGAGAGUCUGACCGGAUCCCAAGAUUUGUGCUAUCACAAUUUCCUGUGCUCCAAGCCUUGGAACAUUUUCUCGGACUUCAACCACGUGGUGAGCAAUCUUCCGUACAUGAUCUACGGAUUCAUGUUCGUGGGCCUGGUUCGAUUCAAAUCCUCGAAAUUGCCUCCGGGACAGAAUCCGAAGAACGACCACAAGGCUGGCAAAGGCAUUCUUCAACAACUCAGUAUAUUCUACGCCAUGGGAUUCUCGUUGGCGGCCCAAGGCUUCUUCAGUAUUUGCUAUCAUGUCUGUCCCACCAAUCACAGCCUUCAAUUCGAUUCGACCAUGAUGUAUGUCAUGUGUAUGUUGGGGUGUGUCAAGAUCUAUCAGUUCCGUCAUCCGGAUGCCAAUGCCAACGCCUACAGCUUCUUUUACUUUCUCGGAGGGAUCGUGCUUUUGGAGGCACUGACCUUGUACUCGUACAGUUGGUGGGUGUACUCGUUGUUUCUCGUUCUCUAUGUGGCCAUGACCGUGUUCAUCGCCAUCGAUUGCUACUUCAUUGGCGUGGCCAGGUUGGACACGCGUAUCACCAAAGUCCUUAUUGAGGAUGUAUUCUACACGUCGUGGAAAGGCGGGCCCAAUGGCGAGAAAGUGGGUAUUCGCUACCCAAAACGUUUUGGUUUCGCCAUGGUGUUCUGUCUGAUCAAUUUUGCAUACGUUGUGUACCUGUUGGUGGCCAAAGUGAAACGUCCGGACAGGAGUGUCACCCACGUGGUGCUGGUGAUUUUGGCCGGGAAUCUGUUCCUCUACAUUGGCUACUACAUUUUCCGGAAGAACCAAAUGCGAUGCAAAAUCAUGGGCAAGAGCAUGUGUUGCCGGGAUGGUGAUCAAGUGGAUGCAUCGUACUCCUAUCCGAACCCGUUUUGUCCCAAUCAUCGGAUCCCGAUUUUCAUCUCCGCUGGAAGCAUCUUUGCUCUGCUUUCGUUCAUGUGCGCUGUGACGGCCAUCACGUUCUAUUUGGACCGAUCGGCCAAUCGGAACCUCUCGCCCGCUGAAUCGCGGAUCCUGAACGAGGAUUGCGCCUACUUCAACUUCUACGACUCACACGAUGCUUGGCAUUUCUUGAGUGCCACGGCCAUUUUCAUGGCCUUCCUCGCUCUUCUCACCGUCGAUGAUGAUCAGAUUCACGUUCCUCGGGAGUUGAUCGAAGUGUUCUAAUCUGUCUGCCCCGAAAAGGAGGCAAGGAAAGACAGUUAUGUGCUAUGUACCGUAUCCAACGACGCUUUACCUACUAUGUUGAUAGUAGUCUUCAACUUCUAUUUAUGUCAAAACUCGCAUCAAAACUACCUAACCGUUAGCUUCCAGUGUUUGGUGUUAAUGUUGUCAUUCACAAACUCGUCAACGAAAGAUCUGAACCAUGAAAGCCAGUACUAUGACCAAACAAUUUUAAUUACCUCGCCCUUCGUUUACAUUGGAAUGAAGAAAUAAAUAUUCAGAAACUCUAAGUCCCAA